UCCAUCCCAGGUUACAAUAGGAGUAAGCGGAUAUUGCGGGUUUGUAAUAGAGAAGAAGAGAGAUAAACAAACAAAAGAAAUGUGUAUUCUUAAUCCAUGUUCCAUGAGGGUGGAUUUAAUUGGUACUUAUUGAAUCGGGUUUUCAUCGUCAUAAUCGUUUAGCUGUAAGGUAAACCCCAUAAGGACACAUAGACGGCCAUAGGUUCACUUAAAGAGGGUCUGAGAGCUACGUUAGCAUGCAGGCUAGCGGCUAGCUCAGCGUUUACGAUAACCGAGCGAAUAGCUUGACAUGUUUAUUUUAGUACGUGAGGAAGGAGUGCGACACGAUGGCCUGAAGCCCUCACUUGGUUAGCCGCAAGCCACACUUCGCUCCUCCGAAGUUUGGCAUUUAUUUUAAUACAGCUGGACAUCUUGGCGGAACUUUAAACGGAAUCGCUCCGUGAGCUUUUAGCGUCGUCACCAUGGCGUGGGCACUAAAGCUGCCCCUGACGGACGAGGUGAUCGAGUCAGGCUUGGUGCAGGACUUCGAUGCGAGUCUCUCGGGCAUUGGCCAAGAGCUGGGAGCAGGGGCAUACAGUAUGAGCGACGUGCUCGCCCUGCCCAUCUUCAAGCAGGAAGAGUCCAACCUGCCCCCGGAUAACGAAAACAAGAUCCUGCCCUUCCAGUAUGUCCUGUGUGCAGCUACCUCGCCGGCCAUCAAGCUGCAUGACGAAACACUCACCUACCUCAACCAAGGACAGUCUUAUGAAAUUCGAAUGCUUGACAAUCGGAAAAUCGGGGAGCUUCCUGAAAUCACCAGUAAGAUGGUGAAGAGCAUCAUCCGUGUGGUCUUCCAUGACCGACGGCUGCAGUACACAGAACACCAGCAGCUGGAGGGUUGGCGCUGGAACCGGCCCGGGGACCGCAUCCUGGACCUGGAUAUCCCCAUGUCAGUUGGCAUGAUCGACCCCAGGGCUAACCCUACUCAGCUUAACACUGUGGAGUUCCUUUGGGACCCAUCAAAAAGAACCUCAGUUUUUAUCCAGGUUCACUGCAUCAGCACAGAGUUCACCAUGCGAAAGCACGGAGGGGAGAAAGGCGUGCCUUUCCGGAUCCAGAUCGACACGUUCAAGGAGAACGACAGCAUUGAGUACACUGAGCACCAGCACUCGGCCUCCUGCCAGGUCAAGGUCUUCAAGCCCAAAGGCGCCGACAGGAAGCAGAAGACGGACCGGGAGAAGAUGGAGAAACGGGCGCCACAGGAGAGGGAGAAGUACCAGUCCUCUUACGAAACCACUAUCCUCACAGAGUGCUCUCCCUGGCCUGAGGUGACCUACGUCAGCAACUCCCCGUCUCCUAGCUUCAUCAGCACACACACCACCUUCCCCGUGGUGGUGUCAGAAGGCAACGGAUCGCCCAGUGAGCCUGAGCCGGUUGUCCCGGUGGUAGUAGAAAACCUGUUGCCCACGGCGACGCCGCAGGAUGCCCUGCAAUGGCUCCACAGGAACCGCUUCUCCACCUUCAGCCGCCUCUUCACCAACUUCUCAGGGGCCGACCUGCUGAAGCUCACCAGGGAAGACGUGAUCCAGAUCUGUGGGCCGGCCGACGGGAUCCGGCUGUUCAACGCCAUGAAGGGACGGGUGGUCCGUCCAAGGCUGACGGUGUACGUGUGCCAGGAGUCCCAGCAGGCCCGGGAACAGCAGCAGCAGAAACACGAGAACGGCGACUCGCCCAACAACACGUUCUUUGUUUAUCACGCCAUCUACCUGGAGGACCUCACUGCCGCCGAGCUCACAGAGAAGAUCGCUCAGCUCUUCAACAUCUCACCCAGACAGAUAAACCAAAUCUUCAAACAAGGUCCCACGGGCAUCCACGUACUGGUCAGCGAUGAGAUGAUCCAGAACUUCCAGGACGAGGUGUGCUUUGUCUUGGACACGAUGAAAGAUGACACGAGCGACGGUUACCACAUCAUACUGAAGUGAACGGUCAACACUGGCGCGGGUAGUCUCUCUCUCUCUCUCUCUCCCUCGCUCUCGUUCUCUCUCUCUCUCUCUCUCUCUCGUUCUCGUUCUCGUUCUCGUUCUCGUUCUCUCUCUCUCUCUCUCUCUCUCCCCCCGCUGGUCUAGGGGCCGGCGCCGGGCCGCCCACUUACCGGGGCGCUGCCGUGAUGGAUCACGUGACUGAAGCGCUUGGUCCCCCCCCCCCCCCCCCCCCUGACCUUACUGAAUACCGACGCCCCCGGCCCGAGACGCCCCACUGAGGCAGCGCCCGCCACUCUCCUUCUCUUAAUGUGUUGCUUUUACGUUCUCCUCGCGUGGAGGAAGAGAUGAUGUCACGUUAUUCUAUGCUCGCUGGGCGCCUGGUGUGCCAAAGCGCUGUGCUUGAGAAAGGCUGAAGUAAUCUGUCCACCGCUUUCUAUAAAAAGAGAAGAACUUGACCCCUAGGAAUCAUGGCCUCGCCCCCCCCCCCCCCCCCCCCCCCCACACUUCUUCCCUCCGCCUCUCUCUGCCUCCUGUACCUGCUGGUCCUCGCCCCCUCAGCCGCUCAGACACACACAUAGCGGUGGAUGGACAAGACAACGCUAACACACAAGGCCAGAUCUCGAUGUUGCGACGCAGGGUGCCAUCAAAGUGGACGUCCUGAGGCAGGGGCAGUGGGUCCUAGUGUUUCUCCAGCUGUCUGAGCUCUGGUGAAACACUGCCUGGCGCCGUGGCCACGGUGGCACUGCACUUAAGUCCCAUCGCUAUCCCCGUGCCGACGAAGGCACAAGAUCACAACGCCUUUGGGCAGUUCAAACCUUAAUUUUACCUUUUAAUGUAUUCAUGACAAAUCGUAUGGAUUGACUGUUUUUGUAAUCUUAUUAUUUUAGCCAACCUGGUUCUCUGGUUCUCUAUCAUCGUAUUGCAUCGUAUUGUGGUUUGUUUGGCUGGGUGAGGCUGCAUGGUGCAGGUGAGGCUGCAUGGUGCAGGUGUUCUUAGUGUGUGAAUGGGUAUUUGAGAGUCCACCAGCAGUGUCCCAUGCUGGCAUCAUUGAAAUACUUCUUCAUAACAAUGGCUACUGUAUUUUUUGCCCUUUUACUGUUACACUGGAGGUUGGCAUGUCUUAAGGAUAGGUGAUUUAUAAUCUCUCAAUGUCUGCUUUGAAGAGUGGCAAUCUUAUGUCAUGUAAUUUGUGUACAUGCGCUUCCCUUUGUUACAUAUAUUUUAGACUCAAACUGCAUUUACCACUGCUGUCAUGGUAGCCAUCUUACUGUCAAGACGUUUUUUUAUUAUUUUAAUUUUCAAACUGCGCCGAUGAAGCUUUACACUAUGUUUCAAAUAUAUAAUAAAACAGGCAUGUUUUUGUUAUGAGCUUA